CAACUGCAGUGCCACGGUGCCACUCGUCUGUGCUGCUGGUGUGGCGGUUUUUGCGGGCGAUGCGGGGGAGGCUGAGGCGCUUGAGCAGCCAGAUGGUGAGCGUCGUCUAGCAGCUCGGCUCUGCAUCCCCCAUACGGACACGGACGGACAGAGAAACAAAUAUUACGGCUGUCCUGUCUGCAUGCACCUGCCUCAGGUGUAGUGCCCCAUUCACCCACCCGCCCACUCGCUCACCGAGGUACUGCAUUGGCACCACGAGGCUGUCCCGGGUCUGUCCCUCAGCCGUCAGCUGCCCGGCGAUGGGCUCGCCGGCGUACGGCUUGACGAACGGUGUCCGGGCCCACACACGCUCGACAUCCAGCCCCUGAGCUGCCGCCUCCUCCAGGACCUGCUGCUUGAUGCAGUUGAGCCGCCUCGCCUCCUGAGCCGCCUCUGCGUCGUCCCUGGGCCUCUCGAAGGCCUUGAAGGCUGCUGGGCCCUCCGUCACCUCCUCCCACACGCCCGAGGCGACCACCGCUGAUGUGCCCUCGCCGACCUUGGUCACAUCGAUGGUCACCGCCGUGGCAUCCUGCAGGGUGAGGCUGCCUGCAGAUGGGCGUCUUCGUCGUUCGGAUGGAAGCGCAUAGAGCUCGCGAAUUCCAACUGUGAAUCCAGCAAGUGACCGAAGAUUUAUUUCAAUUUCCCCGUCUCGCUCAAAUAUCGACGGUUUCGCUUUUCACAACUUUGUUUCUAAUCAACACCUCCUCAAGGAGAGACACAUACUCGGAGAAAGCUGCCAGGGGCAAACACAUGGGUAAGACUCACACAAAUUCCCAAGUUGAAUCCCAACCCGAACGUCCCAGGGGGAUGCUUCGCUCGCGAUGAAGGAUCUUGGUCAU